CUCGCCUCCAAAAUGCGUCGUGGUCGAUAGGAGGUCCUUGGCCUCCGUACUCCUCUGGCAGAGUCUUCGGAGAAAUCUCCUCAUGGAGCUUCUCGAAGUUGUCUCCGUGGAAGCGAAACUUGGGGAUAAAAGAGUGCAAGGGCUCUCCUGAUGAGGCCGAAGCUCAGCGAGAGGAUCUUGUCGGCCGUAAAUUCGGCGUAGUCCACCAAGAGCACAACUCCUAGGACUUGUGCUGCUGGGUCGGCCGCAAUGUGUUCCAUGCAGAUGAGCCACGUGCACUGAAGGUCUGCGUAAGGCAGCUCGUUCGGCAUCCAUACACCUGGAGUAAUAAAAGCCGGUGGUCGCCCGAUCCGGCCAGUGCGACCAGGUGGGACGUCAUGGGCUCCGUCUGCCUGCUGGUGCUGGCCUACUCGGUGGGCCUGUGCCACGUGCCUUCGCUGGUGGUCAGCGAGCUGCUGCCCCUGAAGCAGUGGCGCUACCUGAGCGCCUCUCUCCUCUGGGUUUGGCGCUGGCUGGUCGCCUUCGUGAUGGUCCACUUCGACAAGGAGCUGCUGAGGGCCGGCGACUUCAGGAGCAUGUCGUUGGCGUUCGGCUUGGCGGUGCUGCUGGUCGCCGCGGCCGCUGUUCCCUUCGUGCCGGAGACCGAGGGCCGCACGUUGGCCGCCAUUCACCGCGACGAGUGAAGACGUGACCCGGCGCGGGUCUUAUUCCCCGCCGACGCUGCGUCGGCCUGUCGCAAUGAUUAGUUUCACUUCGUGCCUGCUCACCGAACUUUAUUAACUGUGCCUUACGGAUAGAAAACGGUUGUAGUGUCUUUUUUCCUUUCACGUAUUUUGUAUUUACGGACUAUGCUGCGCAUUCGAACCAUGUCUCCUGUUCUUUGGUCAGCACGUCAAAACACUGUAGCGCUUUA